GAAUAUCCCAGAGUGACUGUCGGCAUAUUCAUUGAACAGCCAACACCUUUUCUUCCAGAGUUUUUGGAAAGACUUCUAACCAUCAAUUAUCCAAGGGAGAAGCUUAAAUUCUUUAUUCACAAUAAAGAGGUUUACCAUGAGAGACAUAUACACAAGUUCUGGGAGAAACACAAAGGUGAACUCGAAGCGAAGUUUGUGGGUCCUGAGGAGAUCCUGAGUGAAGGAGAUGCCAGGAACAUGGGAAUGGAUUACUGUCGCCAGGAUCCAGAGUGUGAUUAUUACUUCAAUCUUGAUUCUGAUGUUGUUUUGACGAACGCAGAUACGCUGAAAAUAUUAAUUGAGCAAAACAGGAGGAUAAUUGCACCAGUGAUCACCCAGUAUAAAAAACUGUGGUCCAACUUUUGGGGUGCUCUGAGUCCUGAUGGUUAUUAUGCACGCUCUGAGGAUUAUGUUGAUAUUGUCGAAGGAAAUAGAGUAGGUAUAUGGAACGUUCCCUACAUAGCGCACGUGUACCUUAUCAAAGGAACUGCCUUGAGAACAGAUUUAAAAGAGAAAAAUUAUUUUAACCAGGAGAUGACGGAUUCUGAUAUGUCACUUUGCAGAAAUAUCAGGGAACAGGUAAGGGGUUGGCAUGUCCUAUUUUUGCAAUAUUGUUUUUUGUAAUAAUAUUCAUUUUGGCAAGUCUUUUGUAGGAAAUUCCAUCUCAAAUAGCUGUAUCCUAUUAUGACAAUAUUCUAAAUGAUUCGUAAGUGAAACCCUCCUUAUAAUAUCAACCAAAGGACAAUGCUUAAAUAUCUUAAUUAAAUUAGUAAUUUAACCUUACUGAUAAUUUACUACAAUAAUUUUGAUUGUCAAUUGCAGCAAUAUAAAUAAUGUACAGAAUCCUUCAGUGAAGUGGGCUCUUAAAUUAAUUGUUUUUGAAUGAUCCUCAUGGUGCAUGUUUCACUGAGGAGAUCACUUGCAUCAAAAUUGCACAUAACCUACCUAACUAUUAUAUGGGAAAAAAAGGUCUUUCAAAACUGCACAA